AUGCCCAUUGUCCUUUCUACAGCACAUGGCAUCACGACUCCACCCAUCACCCAGACCAUCUGCGACAGCCUCGACGCACAUGCAUCCGCAUCGCCUACUGCCCUCGCUGCUCAGGAUAUCCUCGACUGCCAACUGACAUAUGCCGAUCUUUACGCGCGCUCUGUUCGCCUGACGCGACAAAUCAUAGACCGAGGCGUAUGCCGUGGCAGCCGCGUCUGUCUGGUGCUGGAAAGGUCCUUCGAACACAUCGUAGCCCUAUUUGCGCAUAUGGGACCUGGGACAAGUUUAGACGAUGCACGACCCGGGGAUCCUGCGUAUAUAAUAUUCACUUCAGGCACCACUGGGCGCCCCAAGGGCGUGGUUGUAAGCCACUCGAACGUCGUCAAUCUGGUGUGUCAGGCUCCAGGGAACUUGGGUAUCACCCUCGGAACGAAGGUGGCGCAGCUGCUGAACGUCGCUUUCGACAUGUGCGCCUGGGAGAUUUUCAGCUGCAUCUUGAAUGGCGGGAGUCUUUAUCUCCGUGGCCUCCGACGCGCAGACUGGACCAAGGUGAUGAAGAGUAUCGACGUACUCAUCUGCACGCCAUCGAUACUAGAACCGCAUGACCCCGAGGACUACGCAAAUGUGAAGGUCGUGGCGACCGCGGGCGAGCCAUGUACCAAGGCGCUUCUGGAACGGUGGGGGCAUCGUGUGAAGUUCUUCAAUUGCUGUGGCCCUACAGAGACUACCAUCGUGAAUACAAUGGAUCACUACCAUCCCGGCUCGGACGUGACGAUCGGACGACCGACCCCUAACAACUCAGUGUACGUCUUGGACGAAGAGCUACACCCUCUGCCUCGUGGAGAGGUCGGCAUGAUGUGGGCAGGCGGGUUGGGAGUCAGUCUCGGCUACCUCAACCUUCCUGAGCUCACAAAGAUGAAGUACAGGCUGGACCCAUUCCGAGCAGACGGAAGAAUGAUGUACAGCACUGGAGAUCUCGGUCGAAUGCGCGCAGACGGGAAGUUCGAUCAUCUCGGGCGCGUUGAUGAGCAGGUCAAGGUCAGGUGGGCGCACUCGUGCCCCUCCAAUCUUAUUGCCGCGGCAUUUGAUCGUUCAUUCUUGGACGGGUAGGGCUUCCGGGUGGAGCUAGACGGUGUCAGCGCGGCGAUGCACUCAUGCGCAGGGAUCACGUCUGCGUGCGCGCUCCUCAUAGACGGCGAGCUGCACGGAUUUUAUGCGCCCAUUUCGGUCUCUGCAGCGGCGAUACACGAGACAACGAUGGCAAUUCAGCCAUGCUAUGCAGUGCCGUCGAGGUACAUGGCGUUGGACGCGCUCCCUUUGACUGGCAACGGAAAGGUUGACAAGCGGAGGCUACACGAGAUUGCGCGGGACCCUGUCACACGCUGUGAGAUAGUCCACGUUGAGUAGU